UCAUUCAUGGGUAUGCUUUCAAGAUUGAUGGUGAAUAGUGGUAGAUACAUUAUACUCUUACAUGGGCUGUCUGCUGCAACACACCUUGGCUUCUUGUUUUUUGUAUUCAUGAGUUGGCUCUGCAAAAAAAUUAGAUUUAAAGGCCAUGGUCUUAAACAGAUGUCAAAUAAUGGGGUCUUGUUUUGCAAACAGGCCCUGUUUUCUUGUGUGGUUCUUGUGCUUCUUGACCUUGUUAUGUGUUUCUUGAACCUUUUUUAUUGGUUUAGAAAUGGUUGGACUGAUGAAAACAUUAUUACCUUUUCUAAUACCCUUCUUCGAUUUUUUGUUUGGCUAUUUGUUCUGGUUUACUUGUAUAAGUGUAUCUCUAACUCGAAGGAGUCUAAGUAUCCCUUUGUGUCAAGGAUUUGGUCGGUUUCUUUUUUCUUAACCUUUAGUGUUAGUCUUGUUUUAGACUAUAUUUACUUGAAACCAAAAAUAUACCUGACAGCACAUUUCUUGGUCUAUGAUGCUUUGUCCACUUUUAUCAGUUUACUUCUCUGCUAUUUGGGAUUUUUGGGUAUCAAAAAAGGUGUAACAAUAAGCCACUUGUAUCAAGAGUUGAAAACCGUGGGUCAGACAGUUAACCCUUCGACAAGAAGAAGUGUUGUUGGUAUUUUAACUUUCUCUUGGAUUCAUCCGUUGAUUGCUAAAGGAUAUAAGAAGCCAUUAGACCUUGACGACGUUCCACAACUUGACACUGUAGAUAGUGCAAGAGUAGCUUUUUCCAUUUUAAGUGAUAAACUACAGUCAGAUAAGAGAGCAAACGGUCAAAUCACUACUUUUGGUCUCACAAAGGCUGUGAUUUGGACAACAUGGAAAGACAUAAUAAUCACAGCAGUCCUUGCUCUCGUAUACACAUUGACUACAUACGUUGGGCCUUUCCUCAUAGAUGCAUUUGUAGAAUAUCUGAAGGGACGUCGCGAUUUUAAUGAGGGAUUUCUUCUAGUUUCUGCUUUCUUUGUUGGCAAGAUUGUAGAGUGUUUGUCGCAACGGCAUCAAGAUUUUAAAUUGCAACAGGCAGGAAUGAGGGUUAGAGCUGCUCUGGUUGCUAAAAUCUACAGUAAAUGUCUAACCCUUUCAUCUCAGUCAAAGCAGGGGCAGUCCAAUGGCGCGAUUAUGAAUUCUGUAACUAUUGAUGCUGAACGAAUUGGUGGAUUUAGCCAGUGCAUGCAUAACACUUGGCUAGUUAUUGUGCAGGUCAGUUUAGCACUAGCAAUUUUGUAUAGAAAUCUUGGAGUUUCUUCAAUUUCUGCUUUUGUUGCGACCAUAAUUGUGGUUUCAGCCAAUAUACCAUUAGGGCGUUUUCAUAGGAAGUUUCAAAAUAAGUUAAUGAAAUAUAAAGAUCAAAGGAUGAAAGAGACUUCCGAAAUUUUGAAGAACAUGAGGAUUCUGAAGCUUUAUGGCUGGGAGAUGAAGUUCUUGUCAAGAAUUAAUGAUAUCAGGAGUGAUGAGGCACACUGGUUGUAUAAAAAUUUGUUUACUAUGGCGCUGACCACUUUCACAUUCUGGGUUGCGCCCACAUUUGUGGCUAUAGCCACUUUUGGGACAUCUAUUUUUGCUGGUAUCCCGCUUGAACCGGGGAAGUUAUUGUCUACGCUGGCAACAUUUAAGAUUCUCCAAGAAUCUGCAUUGAAUUUUCAGGCUACAAUAUCUGCAAUAGUACAGACUAAAGUCUCACUUGAUCGUGUUGUAUCAUUCCUUCGUCUUGGUGACUUGGAUUCUAAUCUGGUAGAAUUGGUCCCCAGAGGCAGCACUGACUUUGCAGUUGAGAUAGUCAACGGAAUUUUCUCAUGGGAUGUUACAUCUUUCAAUCCUACAUUGACUGAUAUACAAGUCAGAGUUGUUCAUGGCAUGCGGGUGGCUGUGUGUGGCAUGGUUGGCUCGGGAAAAUCAAGCUUACUGUCUUGUAUUUUAGGAGAAGUUCCUAAAUUGUCAGGAAGAGUCAAAGUCAGUGGCUCAAAGGCUUAUGUUGGUCAAUCACCAUGGAUACAGAGUGGAAACAUAGAAGAGAAUAUCUUGUUUGGUAAAGAGAUGGACAGAGAAAGGUACGAUAAGGUUCUUGAAGCGUGUGCCUUGAAGAUAGACCUUGAACUUCUCUCAUAUGGAGAUCAAACAGUUAUUGGGGAGAGGGGAAUAAAUUUAAGUGGGGGCCAGAAGCAGAGAGUACAGAUAGCACGAGCUCUGUAUCAAGAUGCUGAUAUCUAUCUAUUCGAUGAUCCUUUCAGUGCUGUUGAUGCUCAUACAGGAAGUCAUCUUUUUAAAGAAUGCAUGUUGAACUUCCUGAAAAUGAAAACAGUGAUUUACGUCACACAUCAGGUGGAGUUUUUACCUGUUGCAGAUCUCAUCUUGGUCUUAAAGGAUGGAAGAGUUGCUCAAGCCGGAAAAUAUGAUGAAAUACUGAAAUUAGAAAGCAACUUCAUGGAACUUGUUGGUGCACACAACGAAGCUUUAUUGGAAAUAGAUUUUGUAGAGAAGACAUUAGCAUCUGAUUUAACAGGUGUAAAUGAGAACCAAGGAAGCCAGGCCAGUUAUAAAAGGAAUAUCCAAGAUGGGAUUAUCAAUAGUCAAAACGUUGUUGCGGCUUACUCCAAGGGGAAGAAAAGGCAGCUUGUGGAAAAUGAAGAAAGAGAAAAAGGUACAGUUGGCUUGUUGGCCUACUGGAAAUACAUUACAAUUGCUUAUGGAGGGGCACUCGUUCCGUUGGUAUUGUUAGCACAAAUUACAUUUGAGCUACUUCUGAUAUCGGGAAAUUUCUGGAUGACUUGGGCUUCCCCUGCAUCAGAAAGUAAUGAAGCCCAUGUUGGAGGCUCUCAGUUCAUUCUUGUAUAUGUGGCUUUUGGAAUUGGAUGUGCUUUCUGUGUUUUAUCUAGAGCGAUGCUGGUAAUGAAAGCUGGGUACGAGACAGCCAACCAGUUAUUCUACAAAAUGCAUUUAUCUAUUUUCCGUGCCCCCAUGUCUUUCUUCGACUCCAACCCAUCAGGGCGAGUUCUAAGUAGAGCAUCUGCAGACCAAAGUGCAGUAGACGUUAAGAUAGCCGAUACAAUGAUCCUAUUUGUCGCUGUGGUCAUACAGCUUUUAGGCAUUAUAAUAGUUAUGUCACUCGGUGCUUGGCCAGUGUUCCUUUUUUUCUUUCCCGUGUUUGGAAUUUGCAUACGGUUACAGCAAUAUUACCUCCCUUCAGCACGAGAACUGACCCGAUUAGUGGGAGUGUGCAAAGCCCCAGUCAUACAACAUUUUUCUGAAUCGAUAUCAGGAUCAACAACAAUUAGAAGCUUUGAUCAGAAGUACAGAUUUGAAGACAUGUGCUUGAAGCUUAUUGAUGAUUAUUCCAGGCCAAAUUUACAUGUGGCUGGUGCUUUUGACUGGCUAAGCUUACGCUUGGAUAUGCUCUCCACUUUUAUGUUUGCCUUCACUCUGAUUUUUUUGUUCUCCGUUCCUGAAGGAACAAUCAGUCCAAGUACUGCGGGCUUAGCAGUGACGUAUGGAUUAUAUUUGAAUAAAGUACAAGGAUGGACGAUACAAAAGCUUUGCAAUGUGGAGAUAAGAUUUAUAUCAGUCGAAAGAAUUUUUCAGUACUGGUCUAUCCCAAGUGAGCCUCCUCUUGUUAUAGAGUCGAAUAGACCUGACCACCUCUGGCCUUCACAUGGAAGAGUUGAUAUCUUCCAUCUGCAGGUUCGAUACGCCCAACACUUGCCAUUUGUGUUAAGAGGUGUUACAUGCACUUUCAAUGGAGGCACAAAGACUGGAAUAGUAGGAAGAACUGGAAGUGGUAAAUCUACUCUUAUACAAACACUCUUCCGUAUAGUUGAACCUGCUGGCGGAAAAAUUCUAAUAGAUGGGAUCAACAUAUCAUCAAUCGGACUCCAUGAUUUACGAUCUAGGUUAAGUAUAAUUCCUCAAGAUCCCACUAUGUUCAAUGGAACUGUACGUAGCAACAUGGACCCACUCGAAGAAUAUACAGAUGAUCAGAUUUGGGAGGCGCUUGAUAAAUGCCAGAUUGGAGACGAGGUGAGAAAGAAAGAAGGCCAGCUUGACUCAACAGUUACCGAAAAUGGAGAGAAUUGGAGUAUGGGUCAACGGCAACUGGUCUGUCUUGGUCGCGUACUACUCAAGAAAAACAAGAUUUUGGUUCUUGAUGAGGCCACUGCAUCAGUUGAUACGUCUAGCGAUAAUAUGAUCCAGAAAACGCUUAGGAAGCACUUCUCAGACUCUACUGUUAUAACAAUAGCGCAUAGGAUCACCUCUGUGAUCAAUAGUGACAAAGUCUUGGUUCUAAACAACGGUCUUAUUGAAGAGUAUGAUUCUCCAACAAAAUUGCUCGAAGACGAAUCAUCUUCGUUUUCCAAGCUGGUUUCCGAGUACAGCAUGAGGUAGAACUCUAGGACCACUCAAAGAGAUAGUUACUGGUUUUGAUCGUUGUUUUGUUUCGUUUUGCUGUGGCAUUGUGCUCGGUUUCUUGUAGUCAAACUUGUUUUGGUAGAGAUAGGAAGAUGCAUUUACUUGCUUUUUGGAAUUAUCAAGGGUUCAUUUGAAGAUUUUGAAGAGCAUGGAGUGAAGCCUAUGCAUGCGUGUAGUUGUGUUGGGCGUUGUAAGAGCAUCCAUAAUGUUUAUUUUCAAUCUAUAUAUUCUUUCUUGUUUUUAAAA